AAUUGCCCAACUAAAACGUCUCUAAGUUUGUUGCCUUGAAAUUUAUUGAGAGUCAUCGAUGUUUUUGAUUGCUGUCACGUGACAAAACGGUUCAAAUUUGAUCCAAACUCUAAGUGGUAACUUGCUUCUAAAUGUGUCACUUUGUGUCAUCUUUUUCAAGGGUAGACGACACCCUAAGAAUGGAUUUCGUAACAUUUGCAUUGUCUUUGCACAUACUUGUGAGACCCGCUUGGGCUUUCUCCCAUCACUCCUUCAUGGACAGAUUCUUCACGCCUCACUCAGGUAGGACGUUCGAACCACGUCUGUGUCCUGAUGACCCAAAUUGCCGUGCGAAACAUGACUUCCACGUUUUCCUCGUAGUCGUCACCUUGCUGGAUAAACCAAUGAAGUUUCAGCCCUGUUGUCUGACGUCGCCACCUCCUCCUCCACUCUACCCGCCGCCACCACCUCAGCUCUGGAAGCAAGGCAAACCUGAGGGUGGCGGCACGACAGUGCCAGCAGUGUUUCGAGGAGAGGAGCAACAAAAUGAACAUCCGGUGAUACCGGGUUGCCCAGCUGGGCCUCCAGGAGCACCGGGACCCCGCGGCCCAGAGGGUGACACUGGAUUACCUGGCAUAAGAGGACCAAAAGGGGAAAAGGUGCAUUUUCUGGUCCACUUGUGUCAUUUCUUGAUGCACGUCUUUGCGGUUUCUCUCAUGAGAGCAAAAUCUCUUCUCCCCCUCGUUUGUGCUUCUCAGGGAGAAAUUGGACGUCCGGGGUCAAAGGGCCGCACUGGAGCGCCGGGGCUUCCGGGGAAACAAGGACUGUCCGGAUGGCCUGGUCCACAGGGAGCCAUGGGUGAAAAAGGAGACCCCGGGCUCAUGGGACUACCAGGAUUGAGGGGACCCCCAGGAAUGAAGGGGAUGACUGGUUACAGGGGAGAGAAGGGGGACAGUGGAAGCCCAGGCAUACCGGGAUUAAAAGGUGAUAAAGGCACUAUCGGUUUGCCGGGGAUGCUGGGUCAGAAGGGAGAACAAGGACCAAAGGGAGAGCCAGGCGUCUCGGGCAAAAGAGGACCCACUGGGCGACCUGGGAAGAGAGGGAAGCAGGGGGAAAUGGGACAAACUGGAGCUUCGGGACUUAUGGGCAAACCUGGGCCCCCGGGUCCAAACGGCACCCCCGGUCCACCUGGACCACCGGCCCCCGGUCUCUAUCUAGCUGGGGAAAAGGGUGAGAAGGGUCUUCCGGGCCCACCCGGCCGCUGUGAGUGUGACACUUUCCUUGUAGCGAACAAUGCUCCUUCUGGAAGCGACGCACAUGAGGAGAGCCCCAAUCAAGUCCCCGCCAUAUUUGUGGUGAGCAACGAGGAGGAGCUGGGCCGUCUCCAUCUGGAUCAGGCGAUCGCAUUCAGGAAGGAUCAGAAGGCACUUUAUUUUCGAGAUGAAGACGGAUGGAAGCCCAUACAGCCCUUCCAGCAAUUUCAGUCCACCGAGAACAGAGCCGGCGUGUGCGGGGAUGGGAAAGUGCAGCCAGAGGAUGGAGAGGAAUGUGAUGAUGGAAACCAAAUUGUCACCGAUUCCUGUCUGAAUUGCAAAUGGGCCUAUUGUGGAGACGGUUAUCGACAUGAAGGCAUGGAGGAGUGCGAUGGAAAAGACUUUGGCUAUCAGACGUGCAAAUCCUAUCUUCCUGGAUCCUUUGGCCAGCUCAGGUGCACCGAGGCCUGCGUCAUCGACUCCACCGUCUGCAAGUACUUCACCUGAACGGAACGCAAGUUGCAAACGUUUGCAGCUCGUAUUCAUCAUUCAAAGUGGGGGGUCGGAGGGGAGUCCCACCUCAGAUUUCACUUGAAGUCUCACCUCAUGUCCCCGAUUAAUACUUGAUGGACUGAGAGAGCGCCAACAGGAGUCCCUUCUGCUCUGUGCCAUGAGAUGACGAACGGGAGUCCGCUUUUGGAUUGGCUGUGGAUCAUUUUGUUGGCCUCAGGGAUCUGCUUCUCGCUAAACCUGCUACGAAGGGAAACACUUCAAUGAUUGUAUGGAAUGACUUGCUGACUGUUAUCACGGACAUAAGCGGAGCAUCUUUUAUAACGAGAAAAAAAAUUGUAUUGCUACCACGGAAUGCGGAAUGCUUUAAACAUGUGCAAUAGAUAAGAAAUCCUCUAUUUCGAAGGUGAAAUGCUGUGCUAUUGCAUGACAACGUGUUUAAACCGAGCUGUAAAUAGAGUAGCCAAAGUUUGAACUUUUUGAUGAAAACGUAAAAGAGCAAUAGAAUAGCAUGCUAAACGCUGUCGGACUGGAAAUAAAAAAUAAAAAAAAAAUUAAAAAGCGACACAUUAACCUUUACACACGCUUCAUUUUCCAUACACAUAUUUAUCGGGCGAACUUUGACCUGAGGCAAGAAAAUCAACGAAUGACAGAUCUUUUAAAAAUGUUUAACGAUUAAUAGCCUGUGACAUUAAUAAAUGGAUGAUUAAUCCCGUA